AUGUCAUUUGUGGGAUUUGGAAUUCCUAAGUGGUCUAAUCCUUUAAACCACUUGGCAUAUGCUGAUGAUACUAUAAUCUUUGCUUAUGCUCAUCCUCCAUCCUUGAGCAAGAUUAUGGCAGUGUUGGGGAACUAUGAGAAGAUAUCAGGCCAGAUGAUCAACAAAGAUAAGAGUUCAUACUACAUGUAUUCAAAGAUUCCUAAUGGACUGUGUCAGGCGAUUGGAGCUAUUACAGGAUUUGCAAGAAGUAAAUUCCCGUUCACAUAUCUAGGGUGUCUUAUUUUCUACACUAGAAGGAGGAGGGAAUAUUAUGAGGAUCUUAUCAACAAAGUAAAGGCUAAAUUGCAUUCAUGGAAAGGAAAGUUGCUGUCAUUUGGAGGAAAGGCAACACUCAUUACUAGUGUGUUGCAAAGUAUGUUGGUCCACAUGUUAUCAGUCCUGCAUCCACCAAAAAAUGUCCUGGAGCAUCUUCAUAAGAUUUUUGCUAGGUUCUUUUGGAGCACAAAGGAAGAAGGGAGAAGCAGACAUUGGGCCUCAUGGCAAAAUCUUUGCCUUCAUAAAGAGGAAGGGGGCCUAGAAUUAUUGCAAGGUGAAACAUGGGAUGAUCAGCUGCUAGAUCAAACCUUCAAUGAGGAAAUUGCAGAACAUAUAAGGCUAAAUGUGCAUUAUAAAGGCAAUGAGGGAUACUGGGAUAGUCCAUACUGGAUGCCAACUCCUUCAGGCAAGUUCAGUGUUAGCAGUGCUUGGCAAAUAUUAAGGCAUAGAGCUGAUCCUAAUCAUGAAUUCAAGUUAAUGUGGAUUAAGGGCUUACCAUUCAAGAUAUCCUUCUUCUUGUGGAGAUUGUGGAGGAAGAAAAUGUCCACUGAUGACAUGUGGAGGAGGCAAGGGCAAAUGGUUAUAAGGCAUUGGUGGUAUGCUCAAUGUUGUCCAAAGCUAAAGCCAUUGUUUCAAGCAGUACCAGCUAUCAUCACUUGGGAACUUUGGAAAAGAAGAAAUGCAGGUAAACAUGGGGGUUCAGUGUCCACAAAUAAGGGCAGUAGACCUGGGGUGACAACAAAUGUGGUAGCUGAAGCUAAGGCUAUUCUUCAAGGAUUGGAAUACUGUGUGGAGCAUGAUCUUCACCCUCUCAUAUUGGAGACUGAUUCAUUAGUGAUGAAGAAAGUGACAGAAGGGGAAUGUGAUCCUCCUUGGGUAAUUGCAAAUGAUGUGAAGAAAAUUAUAGAGAUAGAGGGCAACUUCAAUGUGGUCUUUCAAGAUGUGUUCAGAGAAGGCAACUUAGUGGCGGAUUUUAUAGCUAACAUUGUUUUUUCUUUUGUAGGUACAUCUGAGUUUCACUCAUUAUCUGAACUGCCAAGUACAGGGAGGAGGUUGAUUAAUUAA